AAAAGCCCCAGGAACUUUUAAAUUUCAUUUCCUGUCUGCCCAGCGUGGAGCUCUCAGCAGCAGAGAUAACAAUGCAAUCUCCUGAGAAUAGGAAAAGAGCUCCAGCAUGGAACACACAGGAGUUAUUGGAUCUGAUAGCUGUAUGGGGAGAAGAGUCAGUACUUUCAGAACUGCGGUCCAGUAGACGAAAUGAGAAAACCUUUGAAAAGAUUUCUAAUGCCAUGCGGCAGAGAGGACAUAGCAGAGACUCGUUGCAGUGCAGAGUUAAAGUGAAGGAGCUCAGACAGGCGUACCAGAAGACCAAAGCAGCAAAGGGCAGGUCAGGAUCUGGCCCCAAAACAUGCCGCUUCUACGAGGAGCUUAACACAGUAUUAGGGAACUGCGCAACGACAAACCCCCCCUUGUCUGUGGAUUCAGAGGUGGGGGUAGUGAUCUCUGCCACUGCUGAAGACUUAGAGGACGUCGAAGAUGUGGAUGAGGAAAAGGAGGAGGACGAGACAGCAGAGAGCACAGAGCAUUCAAUUCCCCCUAACAGCCAGGAUCUUUUCCUAACCCUGACAGAAGUACCCUGGCAGCCCUCUCAAGCCAGUAGCCCAGAAAAUGAAGCUGUGGAAGCGUCCUCUGCUGCACAUUUCUCCAGCCUCCCUUCUCCUGUCCGACGGGGAGGUCAGAUAAGGAGGCUAAGGAAGAAGAGGACGCGGGAGGAGAUGUUCACAGAAAUAAUGGCAGUAACCCGUACUGAGAGAGCUCAUCAGGGGGACUGGAAACAUUUGGUCGCAAAGUACAGGGAGGCUGCCAGUCAACGUGAAGACAGGAGGGACGCUAAAAAUGAUUUGUGGUGGGAGGAAGAUCAGCGUUGGCGGGCAGCAACGCUGGAGCUUCUUCGUGAUCAGACUGACAUCCUCCGCAGUAUGCUGGAAGAGCUGCGGGGUCACAGAGUGCCACUGCAGCCCAUGUAUAACCUCCCUCAGUAUUCACCGUGUCCCACUCCUUCCAGAACCAGGCGUUCUCCAGCUGGAGAGGGACCUGUGUCAGAAUUGCCAGGCAGGCAGCUGAGGCAGCUGGAUAGCAUGGGAAAAGGAACUGGCUAG